AUGGCUUUCCCAAGACUUGCUUCCGGCUUGGCCCUAUUCCAGGGCCUCGGCCUCUUCUCCGGUGUUCAGGCACAGUCUUCCGAGAGACCGUUGCCCGAGAAAGCUCAGAUCAUCGACCAGAAGAGUUUCCUUGUCUUGGAGAACGUUCCACCCCCGGCGGAGGCUAAUGCCACCACGGUCUUCCUCUGGCCCGGUGUCACUCAGGAAUCUCUCACCGAGAGACCGUUCCACGUGUAUGACCCGGAAUUUUACGACAUCAUUGGCAGUGAUCCUUCGUUGACUCUGAUUGCCACAUCAGAGGUUGACCCAAUCUUCCACGAGGCCGUGACAUGGUAUCCUCCCACCGAAGAAGUGUUCUUCGUUCAGAACGCUGGAGCACUUGAUGCGGGCACCGGCCUGAACAAGUCCUCGAUCGUCCAGAAGAUCUCCCUUGUAGAUGCGGAGGCCUUGAGGAACGGCUCUCUUGGCGCCGAGGAGGUCACCGUUCACACGGUGCCUUCGAACCCGCAGGUUAUCAACCCGAAUGGCGGCACCAACUACAAUGGUAACAUCAUCUUCGCUGGCGAGGGCCAAGGAGACCGCAUUCCGUCUGCGUUGUACUUGAUGAACCCGCUCGAGCCAUACAACACCACACUGCUCGUCAACAACUUCUUUGGCAGGCAGUUCAACUCACUCAACGACGUUGCCGUGAACCCCCAGAACAAGGACAUCUACUUCACCGAUACCCUCUACGGAUACUACCAAUACUUCCGUCCUGAGCCUGCCAUGCGAAACCAGGUGUACCGACUCACCCCCAGCACCGGCGCCUUGACCGUCGUUGCAGAUGACUUUGUGUUGCCCAACGGAAUCACCUUCUCCCCCGAAGGCGACUAUGCGUAUGUCACCGAUACUGGAAUCAGCCGUGCGCUAUUUGGCAUGAACAUGACUCAACCUGCCUCCAUUUACCGCUUCGACGUCAAACCCGACGGCACUUUCGAAAACCAGAAGACGUUUGCCUACGUUCACGCUCGCGUUCCCGAUGGAAUCCACACCGAUUCCAAGGGCAACGUCUAUGCUGGUUGCAACGACGGCGUUCACGUCUGGAACCCUUCCGGCAAGUUGAUCGGAAAGAUUUAUACGGGGAUUGUCGCUGCCAACUUCCAGUUCGCUGGAGAUGGCCGCAUGAUUAUCAUGGGACGCACGAAGUUGUUUUAUGCCACUCUUGCUGCCUCGGGAGCACCGCUGUUCUACUGA